AUGAUAUCAGAAUACAUUAAAUACUUGGAUGUAUUUUCAUAGUCUUUUUAAUUUAACUCUGGAAGAAUGAAAGAUAGAAAAAGGACUUAUGUGGGUGCUUUCUUAACAUUAUCGAUUAUGAUAGUUAGCAUUUACUAUUUCUUUUAUUUGUUCUUGAGGUACAUGGAGAACUAAAUUGAUCCUAAGUUUAGAAUAUAAAAUUUUGUUAAGAAUGACCUAAUCUAAAUCCCUCUUAGCAAUGAUUUGAUUGCAUUUUCAUUUGUCUAAUCUCAAGACGGUAUAACAAUUGAUCAAAUAUAAGCCAAAACAAAUAAGACAUAUAUUGUCACUAUAGCUACAUAUCUUUACUCUGAUAGCAAUGGUUUUUAUAUGAAGUAAUUAAAUGUUUUUCCCUGCAACAAUACUUAACUUGAAGGAUAUAGGUGUAUAGAUAUGUCUUCUGUCCCUAGUAAUUAUAGUUUGAUACUCGAUUCUAAUAACCGUGCUCAAUCAUAAAUUAGUAUAUAAGCUUAUAGGUGCUAAGACACAGACAUGUUUAAAUAAUUCGUACCUGAUAACUGUGCAAAUGCUGAUGACAUUAAUUAAUUUAUUGAUAAUUUAGCAAAUAUGGUAAAUGUUAAAUUAAUUACAUCUUAAUACAAUAUCACUUCAAAGUCAUUUGAAAAAAACUACAAAACCUUUCGCCUUUUAAUGUCAAACAGUUAAAUGAUGUUCACAGAAUUUAAGGCUUAAAAUUAAAUUACUUCGAUUAAAGAUGGAUUUAUAAUAUAAUCUGAGAAUCAGUUCUCUUCACCUAUUUCGUAUGUUACAACCACAUAAGCUUUAGACUCAAAAACAGUACUUGAAUAAGAGGGCGCAACUUAUUUUACAGAAUUUUUUUUGGAUGUUGAAGAAACUGUAUACCUUACAUAAAUAUAAUUUCCAACUUUUCCAGAAAUUUUAGCUCUCUGCAAUAGUACUUUAUCUUUGUUAAUGUGUUUGGGAUUCUUAGGAAGGUAAAUGGCUUAAAAAUUAAUUAGACAGGAAUUGUUUCUUUUGAUCCUAUAAAAUUUCUAUCAAGGUACCUAUUAAAAAAUUCUCAAAUUGCACAAACUUACUUAACUUAGCAAUUCCCCAAUAGAAAAAAAAACUAAAAGCUUGACCCACUCUGCUGAAUUAUUAGAAAAUUCAAAUCCUAUAAUUGUUCCUAAUUUUAAUACAAAAAGAAGCAUUUAAUUAACUUAUCCAUAAGAUACAGAUAACUAAAAAGUAUAUGAAGAUGUUAUCAUAGAAAAUUAAUUUGUAAAAGAAAUAAAAAGUCCAAGAAUAAAUCCUGAUUAAACCCAAAUUUAUUAGUAAGAUUACUUUUAAGAGCCUAGAAACAUAAAUAAUUUUUAGUAAGAUUGUACAAAUACAGAUCAUAUUCAGAAAGAAUCGGUAUCAGAAAGUAAUAAAACUUAAGGUAUCUUUAAUGAAGACCAUAAGGCGAAUGAAAUUAGUAUAGCUAAAAAUUUAGAAUUUAGGCUAAAUGAAGUUAAUAUUAAUUAUUGCAACAAGCAAAUACUAAAUAUAAACUAAAAACAAGAAAGUUAAAGAGAUAAAACAAAAGAGUAAAGGAGUUUAUCAAAGCAAAUAAAUGCUAAAAAAAAUUUUGAAAAAAAGCAAAAGGAAUCUUUGUAAAUUUCACCACCACUUUCAAGCUGCAGAGAAUCUUUAAGAAAUAAUGAAUAAACCAAUUUUUUCUAAAAAAAUGAAAGAGUUUCAAUGAGAUAAAACACAAAUAAUCAAAGAUAAACAGAGGUUAUUGAAAUUAAUUCUGUCCUAAGUAAAGAUGAUAGUAUCAAAAAAACCACCCAAACCAAUUUAGAGUAAAAGCUUAAGACUCUAAACAACUAAACCUUGUUAAAGAAACUAGAGCAAAUCCUAUUUAAAUUCAAUAUAUAAUAGCAAUAAAAGUAUCUCAAAGAUAAAGGUAUAGAUUAAUAGACCUUUCUUUCUAUCGAAAAUCAAGUAAAUAGGAGUCUUGAUUUUUCUCAAAUUUAUCAGGAAAUCAUGUUAUGCAAAAAAGCUGUGAUGAUGAUUUUAAAUUAAGAAUAAUUUGCUGCUUUAAGAUUUGUUGGAUGUUCAGAUUAAUUUUCAGUAGCGAUUUCUAGUGAGUAAAAAGACUACUCGCUUAAUCACUUUGAGAAAUAAUUUGCAACUUAGUUGAUAGAUCAGAGAUAGGUUUAAUAUGUAAACUCAUUUAUAUAAAGAUGCUCUUAAAAUAAUGACUUGAGUGCUAUAGAUUAAAGAAUUUAUUAAUCAUUGAUUUGA